GCUCUCAUUGUGGGUGUUCCUCCCCCCACCGAGCCCUGAGUGCAGGGUGGUGGAAUUAAAUCAUGAUGUGCUGUCAGCUGCGAGUGGUAGCGUGCAGAUAACUGGUGGUUGUGUAGGCAGUGUGCUCGGUUACCUUACAGCCCUGCUGUGCUCCAGGAGAGAGGGUGGCCAAGAGGACACUUACUUGAAAGGUGCUGGACUGGCUGCUCACUGAUUUGAUGGCUCUGGGGUGACCUUACAGCAGCCCAGCUGAGGGUGUGGUGUGGAUGGGAGCAGUACCUGUGAGCAUCCCCCUUCACAUAUCUGUCACCUCAUGCCUUGCUGGCUGACCUGGUUUCUGUGUGUGCUCACUAACCGUGCCUUGGUUUUGCAUUCAGUUUGAGCUGGGUCUCCUGGCUUGGGCACCUGAUCCCAAUUGCUGGGAGCUUCCACAUUCAGAGGGACUGAUUCCUCCUGUGUUACAGCUGAGGGUGUCAGACUGAGGGGUAAGAAGUAUCAACCAUGGCUUUCUCUUUUGCUCCUGUGGGAGAAAAACUAAUGACUGUUUCUACUCUUGUCCUCACAAAGCUUCUGGAGCAGGAAGAGCUGCAGCUAAGGAGAAGGCCAGGCUGCUGUUUAACAGAGCAGGACAUGGAAAACAUGGAAGAGAGAUCAAGAUAUUCAGUGAUGCUCUUAUCUUGCUGCUUGGUGACCUCCUGGAGCCCAAACCUAAUGGCAGCCUGAAAGACGCAUCUGAGGGUGCUGAGGAAACCAGUGUGAGGCCAUGGUCCAUCAGCUUUGAAACCUUCUAGUUGACCUGAGGAGGUCUGUGAUACCUGGAAGAAGAUCCUGUCUGUCUUCAAGAAGGGUAAGAAGGAAGAUUUGGGGACCAAUAGUCAGAUCACACUCAGUUUUGUUCCUGAGAGCCAGUAAGCCUGCUGUCCUGUAGUCCUGGAAAAGCCAUAGAUCCAGACAGGACCACCCUGGGCUGGGCAUGGCUGCUGCUCUUCCUUUUCCUGACAUGACGAGGCUCUCAGGAAGGCUUCUGAUACAAAGCUGCCAUGUGUUGUGGUUGGGCUCUGGAGACAGCCAUCCCCGCAGGGGUAUUGCUUCCUGCCUUCACUUUUAUGCUUAAGAUUCGUUUCAAAAAUGCUGCAACCUCAGGUGUCCACAGCACCACUCUGGUGGUGGCUGCUGAGCCAACGCUGGCAAACACUGGGUCUGAAGUUCUACAGCUCUGCUCCAUCCAGGAGUGCUUCUAUGAUGGAGUCUGUCUGGAGCCUUCCCUGGGAAAGCAGAGUGCCUGCUGCAUUGCUCAAACAGGCAAUCCUGCUUUUUGGGGCACCAGCCAUGGCUGGCCAGGGGGCACCGUAGUGUGAUGAACACCAGUGCCCGUCUACAUCAGCAGUCCCUCCAGGUGCCCAACACGAGCAGGAUGACUUCCCCAUGUUCUGAGCAGCUCUUCUCUCUCUCACCACUCACCUCCAUCCACCAAAGCAGAAAUAUGUUCCCCAAACCAGUCUCUCUGUAGGGCAAGAGGACACCGGCGAGCCUCCGAGCCUGAAGACGCUGUUCGUGGCCCCCUUGUAAGCUCAAAGAUGCUCUCAGGGUCUCGCGGGUGCUGCGUGGGCUGCAGGCUCCGUCGCUCUCAUCUCUCAUCUCUUGCUGGCUGGGUAAAUCUUGCCUGACGGGGCAGGAAGAGGCACCGAGUGCAGCGAGGGGGAGGAGGUGCUGCCAGUUGGUAACCUCAGUGCUUCCUCCCGACACCGAGCAGGGGCUGUGCUGGAGGAUGCUGCCCUGACCCCGCUGUGCUGCUCGCCCCGCCAUGGCCGUGUCCCCCGGAGGGAUCCCUGCUGAGCUGCAAGAGGGCAUCGCCGCCUCCCUGGGGGCAAAACAGAUCCUUCUGCUCAAGAGCGUGCAGCUGCAGGUGAAAUCCAAGUACGACGACUACGUUUUGGUGCUGACACCCUGGCGAGCCUACGUGCUGCUGGCCAUGCUGCCGGUCAGGGUGCACAGCAGCUUCAGCUUCCUGGAGGUGAGGGACAUCACUGUGCGAGAGCCCAGCGUGGUUGUCAUAGAAACAGAUACAUCCUCGUACGCCUUCCGGCUCAUGUCCUUCGAUGACUUGGAGCAAGUCGUUGUCCAUGUCACCAUGUCACUUAAGAAGGUCUUUCCAGACUCAUCCCCUGGGACGUUGCUCAAGAACUCACCCCCCAACCUGUACGAGAGGAUCCGGAUGGUCACGGACUCGCUGGAGGAGAUGCUGCAGAGCAACCAGGGGCCCUGUGGUGGCUUUUCGGAGACCUACGCUGCGUUAUGUGAUUACAAUGGCUUUGCCUUCCGUGAGGAGAUCCAGUGGGAUGUGGACAACAUCUACCACGGCCAAGACUGCCGGGAGUUCAGCCUGCUGGACUUCAGCCACCUGGAGAGCCGGGAUGUGGCGCUCAGCGUGGCCGCCUUGUCCUUCAACCUGUGGUUCACGAAGCUCUCCUGCAAGGACUUCAGGCUGAACCAGGAGAUCGCCGAGCAGCUGCUCUACAUGCUGAGCAAGUCGGUGAUGCUGGAGGAGCUGGUGUUGGAGAACAGUGGGCUGAGGGGUGACUUUGCUCAAAGGAUGGCCCAGGCACUCAGCAGACAUCCUGAGUCCGUCCUGCACACCAUCAACCUCGCUGGCAACCAGCUGGAAGACAGAGGGAUAAUUGCCUUCAGCCGGCUCUGUGAGGAGAGACCCAUUGGCCUGCAGAGCCUCAACUUGGCCAGGACAAUGCUCAGUGCUAAAGGGAUGAAUGCGCUGUGCCAGGCACUCACAGCCAACGAAGCCAUCAGCUCCUCUCUCCGGCACCUGGACCUCUCAGGGAACGCUGGCAGCCUGGCCAUGGAGGACACCAGUAGCUUGCAGAGCCUCCUGGGCCGGUGCAGCUCGCUCACACACCUCAGCCUGGCUGCCACUGACUGCUCUCUGGAUACUCUCUUUGGGGCACUGGUCCAUGGAUGCUGUGCCAGCCUGGUCCAUCUGGAUCUCUCCAAAAACGUGUACUCACACCGAAGGGUGAAAACCAUCUCUCCCAGUGUCAAGCAGUUCUUCAGUCAGGCCCGUGCACUCAGGCACAUCUCCAUGGCGGGGACCAAGCUGCCUCCAGAUGCUGUCAGGGCUAUGCUGCAAGGACUGGCGUACAACAGCCACAUCAGUGACCUGCACCUGGAUCUUAGCAGCUGUGAGCUGAGGUCGGCAGGAGCUCAGGUCAUCCAGGACCUCAUCCCCGAUGCCACUGCCAUCAGCGACCUGGAUCUGUCUGACAACGGCUUUGACUCUGAUAUGGUGACACUGGUGCUGUCCAUUGGCAGAAGCAAGUCCAUCCGGCACGUCUCUUUGGGGAAAAACUUCAACAUCAAAUCCAAGGAUGGGCUGGUGGACGUCCUGCACCGCAUCGUCCAGCUAACCCAGGAGGAUGACUGUCCCCUCCAGUCCCUGUCUGUGGCUGAAUCGCGCCUCAAGCUGGGCACCAACGUCCUGCUGAGCGCCCUGGGCAGCAACACCAGCCUGACCACACUGGACAUCAGCGGCAAUGCCAUGGGGGACACCGGUGCCAAGAUGUUGGCCAAGGCUCUGCAGAUCAAUACGAAGCUCAGGACCGUGGUGUGGGACAGGAACAACACCACUGCCCUUGGACUCCUGGAGGUGGCUCAGGCUUUGGAGAGGAACUACACCCUCAAAUCCAUGCCCCUGCCAAUGAAUGACGUGGCGCAGGCGUACCGGAGCAACCCUGAGAGGACAGAGGAGGCGGUGCACAAGCUCCAAUCCUGCUUGGCGAGGAACCAGACACGGCGUGCUCUGCCCACACAGACCUUCCGGCUGCAGCAGGGCAUCCUGACCUCCUCCUCCGAGCAGAUGGUGAAUGAGAUCUGCUUGAGUGUGCAGAAACAUGUUGACAUCCUGAGCUCCUGCCCGGGCAGGGAGAUGGAGGCAGACAUCCUCCGUGCUGAGGAAGCCAUCAGGAAUGCCAACCUGGCCGUCAGUAUCUUGCCCAUGUUGUACGAAGCAGGGAAUGCCCCGCACCAGAGCGGCAAGCUGCAGCACAAGCUGGAGUGCCUGGUGGAGGAAGCAUCACAGACCUGCAGCCGGGAAAUCCAGGCCAUCAUGCAGGCGGUGCUGGACGCGGCGCACAACCUGUGCCCACCCAUAGUGCAGAAGAGCGGGGCGAGGGACCAGCUGGUCAAUGCCAUGUCGGAGCGCAUCCACCUCCAGGAGCACCUCAACCUCAGUACCAUCCUGGACCAGAUGGUCACCGACGUCUUCAGCAAGCUGAAUGAGAUCAAGCUGUCCGUCACCGCUGCCGUGGCCGACUGCAUCGUGGAUGCUGUGCUGGGAGAUCUGAUGGCUGCCCAGUGCAAGCUGGCAGAGAGCCUCCCCACGCAUGGGCCGGAUCUCCUGGAGCCUGCUGAGGACGAUGCUGCUGCGCCGGCACGGGGCAGGAACCCCUCGGAGCAACCCGAGAGAGGCUUCACAACAGAGGAGUACAAGAUGGCUCUGCGGAGAAAAAACAAACACUUCAGGAGCAUUCGGCCCACGCUGACUGUGAGAAGUCUCUCGGAGCUGGAGCUGCCGGCAGCCGGGAAGGCUCGUCCCGCUCCCGCAAAGGAUGCUGAGCCCUCCGCCGGCGCGCAUCCCGGCACGCCGCCCGCCCAAACCCUCAUGGACCUGCCGACCGCCGGGGAGAGGCUGGAGCACUGCACCAAAGCCAGGCCCAGGCCCAACCGCCGGCACAAGCAGCCGCCCAGCAAGCCCACCGUGCAGCCUGUGGCCCACGAGAACAGUGAGGACAGGAGCAUCACCCGCGUGGAUGAGGGCCUGGAGGACUUCUUCACCAAGAGGCUCAUCACCGAGGAGCUGCCCAGCCCCACAGUGCUGGAGAGCGGCCCAGGCUCAGCCCCUCUGGCAUCCUCCAGCUCUCGCACCCUCAAGAAGAAAAUCGGGAAUUUUUUUGCUUUCAAGAAGCCCAAAUCCAGCCGGAGCUCACGCUGUGAGAAGGAGCCCGAGGGCGGUGCGGCGGCCCCCAGGAGCAGGCGGUCGAUGCUCAGUGACAUUUUACGGGCUCCCAGCAAGGCGGGCGAGCCGGGCAAGGCUCUGAGCAAAUCUGAGGAGGGGGCACUCAGCACCGAGCCUGAGCACAGCCAGACCCCUGAGGCUGCCCGCAGGAUCAGGCCCAAGUACUCAAGGGAGGGCAAAUCCCAGUCCCUCAUCCUACUGCCUGGGGAGGAUGAGGAGGCACUGGGGGUCAGGCAGGACAAGAAGAGACACCUGGAGAAGAGCGACGGGGAGCUGCCCAACUCCUUCGAGCAGCGUGUCCACAUCAUGCUGCACCGCAUGGGUGUCACCAAGGGCCUGGUCACCGAGAGCAAGAAGCAGCAGAGCAAAGACAGCGAGAUCAAGAAGGCUGGUUCAGAUGGGGACAUCGUGGACAGCUCUGCAGACUCCCCGCCGUCCCUGAAGGCUCGCACGCACUCUGUGUCCACAGAUGCAUCCCUGCGGGGUCCAUCGGAGCCCAGCCCGGCCUGGAAGGCGUUGGGGCGGCAGCUGAACGCCGAGCUGACGGUGCUGGGCCGUGAGCAGCUCCGGCGUUGCUCAGCCGGCCCCGAGCAGAGCGGGCAGCCGCCGUGCCGUGAGGCCUGGAGCAGCAGCCUGCCACGGCCGGGCAGGAGCCCCAUUGGGGAGCCAACCGCCGGCACCGCGCUGCCCCCAUCGCCCUGCUCUGCUGCUGAAGACAACCGGCUGACGCCGCGGCUGGCUGUGCUCGGGGCCCGCCGGGCCGUCUCGGUCCACGAGGAGCAGCUCAGGGAGCCGGAGUGCCUGGCGGAGCUGGGAACUGCCACCAUCCCCCUCCGUCUGCAGCGGUCGCCUGUGCUGAAACGGAGACCGGAGGCGAGCGGUGAGCCGAGGCUGGUGGCAGCAGGAGGCGCCGCAGCGCAGGACCGGCCGCAGGCUGCGCUGGAUGAGACGCGGACAGCAGGCAGCGCGUUGCACGGGGAGCGGCCGCCAGCCGCAGCACAGACUGUUGUGUAUGCACAAGACUCAGCCGUAGACCAAAGAAGCCCUGUGCAGGGCCUGGGGGAGCCGGCCCUGGGACAGUGAGCCCCUGCAUGCCGCCGCGCUGUUCCCAAUAAAACCCUGCAAGCGAGCACACGGUGAUGGGGUGAUUAGCGAUGGGGACGUAGGGCCGCUCCGUGCCCUGCUCCCCGCGUCUGGGCAGCCUCACCAUCUCCUCCAGAAGGAAGCGGUCCGAGGGCAUCGGCGCAGAAGGACUGGGGCUGUCGGGCUGGACUCCAGCGGGGCACGGAGCUGCAGCCCCAGAGCCCCCAUGAAGGGCGGAGGAGCACAGAGCACCAUCCCCAUCUCUGGACCAUGGGCACACGCUGCUGUGCUGCAGGUGGUGGCAGGGAACGCUGGCACGGUUAGGAACCUGCCCCUCCAGCACCCCGAGGCCCACGGAUCUCGCAGCAUGACCUCCAACCAUCACCUUUCCAACCACUGCCCUGCCGCCACCAGCAUCACCCCAAACCCCACGUUGGCUUUCUCCUGUGGCAACCGCGAGCAGAUCCAUCUCCCCUCCACCUCUGGACCAAAUGCAUUCCCUGCACUGAUGUUUACGACACAGAAGCAAGAUGCUUGGUUGGUUUUUUUUGUUUGUUUGUUUGUUCCCCUCCCCCGUCCCCCCUGCCUUUUCUUUUUUUUUUUUUUUUUAAUACAAGAGCUGUGUAUUUAAAAAAUAUAUGACUUUUAAUUUUAACAAUGCAAACCUUGCUGGAUAUUUUGUAAGAAAGAGUGUGGAACUCAACGAAACCGAGUCAAUAAAUGCCCAAAUGCU